AUGGAGCUUCAAAACGUAACCAAGGUAACUGAAUUUACAUUCACUGGGCUGGAGGCCAAUCAUUCACAGGUUCCUUUUCUUUUCAUAUUUUUUUUACUUGUUUACAUGAUAACUGUUGUGGGGAACAGCGGCAUGGUGGCUCUGGUCUGCAGCACCCCUCAUCUCCAGACCCCCAUGUACUACUUGCUUAGUUGUCUCUCCAUGGUGGACCUCUGCUACUCCUCUGUCAUUGCCCCUAAAAUGCUGGCCGACCUUAUUUCCAAAUUAAAGUCUAUAUCAUUCAUUGGCUGCGCUCUUCAGUUCUUCUUCUUUGCGGCCUUGGCUGGAACUGAGACUCUCCUCCUCUCGUGCAUGUCGUAUGAUCGAUACGUGGCCAUAUGCCGCCCCCUUCACUAUAGGUCAAUUAUGACCAAGAACAAGUGCCUGUGGCUAAUUCUUAUGUCCUUUUCUAUUGGAUUCUCUCAGUCAUCAGUACAGACCAAAUGUAUAUUUGGCCUUGAGUUCUGCCGACGGAACCAGAUAGACCAUUUCUACUGUGACGUUCCUCCCUUGCUGAAGAUCUCCUGUUCGGAUACAUUUCAUUGUAACAUGACGACAGUGUUCUUUAUCUGCUCCUUUGGUGUAGGCUCAAUGGUAAAUAUUCUUGUUUCCUACACACUCAUUGUUUCAUCAGUCCUACAGAUAAAGUCUUCUGCAGGCAGAGGCCGGGCCUUCAGCACCUGUUCCUCUCACCUUACCUGCGUUUGUAUCUUCUACUGGACAGUAUUCUUCAUAUACCUGCGUCCUCCUUCCAGCAGUUUUGAUAGACAAGACAAAGUGGCCUCUGUCUUCUACACAAUGGUCAUUCCAAUGCUUAAUCCCCUGAUAUAUAGCCUGAGGAACCAAGAGGUGAAAAAAGCCUUAUACAGGCUCACCACAAGAUGCUUCAACACAAUCCUGUAG